AUGCGUCUACCCUACGUUGAAGACAAUCCUCAGAUGGAGAACAAGGAAGACCAGGCCGUUGUGGAAAGAGUCAAGGAGCGCCGAGGAGGCAAGCUUAUUGCCCUUGACAAGGCUCUUCUGCAUGCCCCACCCGUGGCUGAUGGAUGGAACUCCUUCUUGAAAGCGAUUCGCACUCAAACAACUCUCCCUGUUUCCGUGCGAGAAUUGGCUAUCUGUAGAGUCGCUGCGCUCAACCAUGCGCACUAUGAAUACGAACAGCACUCCCCAAUCCUGCGUAAGAGCGGAGUACUCAGCGACGAAAUCAUCGAGAAGAUCCGAGACGCCGCAUACACUGGUAGUGGACUCGACGAUAAGCACUUGGCUGUGUUGCAGUAUACAGAAGCCAUGACGAUCGGCUGUAUCGUGCGAGACCCAGUGAUGGAGAAUUUGAAGAGCUUCUUCAAUGACCGCGAAGUUGUGGAGCUGACUGCAACGAUCGCUGCCUACAAUACCGUCUCUCGAUUCCUUGUAGCACUGGACGUCGGCGAGAUGAGAGAGAAGUACUCGGUCGACAUGUCUUGA